CUUAUCAGCUCACAGAUGCGGGAACCAGUCCUGGCUGCAGCCUGCCACAGUGAGGAGGAGACACACACAGAGAUGCCGCGAGGAGAGCGGGUGAAACCCUUCAGGAACUUCCUGGCCGGGGGAGUUGGUGGGAUAUGUCUGAUUCUGGCUGGUCAUCCCCUGGACACUGUCAAAGUCUGUUUGCAGACUCAGCCUCCUCCUGCCCCAGGACACAGGCAGCUCUACAGUGGCGCCAUUGACUGUUUGAGGAAAACCAUCGCCAAGGAGGGGGUGCUGGGUCUGUACCGGGGGAUGGGAGCCCCCAUCCUGGCCAUCACUCCGGUCAUGGCUGUAGGUUUCUUCGGAUUCGGCGUGGGAAAGAAGCUGCAACAGGCACACCCGGAGGAGCCGCUGACGUAUUCUCAGUUGUUCCGUGCCGGUGUCCUGUCUGGAGUUUUCAGCUCAGCAAUCCUCACGCCCGUGGAAAGGAUAAAGUGCCUGCUCCAGGUCCAGAGCGGAUCCCAGCGGAUGUACACGGGCCCCGGUGACUGCGUCAGGAAGUUGUAUCGGCACUCUGGAAUCCCGGGAAUCUACAAGGGAAUGUUUCUCACCCUGCUGAGGGACAUCCCAGGGACCGGAGUUUACUUCCUGACCUACGAGUGGCUGAAGGAGGUGCUGACACUUGAGGGUCAAAGGCAGAAUUACUUCAGCUUCCCCCGGAUCCUCUUCGCAGGGGGGAUGGCCGGGAUCACCAACUGGAUCGUGUGCAUUCCAGCUGAUGUGCUGAAAUCUCGCUUCCAGACAGCUCCUGACGGGAAAUAUCCCAACGGAUUGCAGGAUGUUCUACGGGAAUUAAUCCGAGAGGAAGGUGUAGCAUCCCUGUACAAGGGUUUCAGCGCAGUGAUGUUGCGCGCGUUCCCGGCCAACGCGGCUUGUUUCUUCGGUUACGAGAUGACAAUGCAGUUCCUGGAAUGGUGGAGCGGGGAAACGUGAGCACGGGCCUCUCCCACUCCAAGGCUCAGUGGAGGGAAGAGUGAGACCAAUGGAGGAGUGGCGUGGGCUCAUCCCCAGAGACGCCGAACCAAGGAGGGGUAGACGGCGGAAGGCUGAGUCCUCGGCAGGGUGGAUACUGUGGUUGUCGUGU